AUGCCCAACCACGGUCCCAUUUACACUGCGCUCGAUGCCGCUCGCGCAGCCCAGAGCGGUGCCUUCAUCGCCGCCUGGCCGGCCGACGAGUCGUUCCCGCCUCUCCCCUCGGUCGCAGAUCUAUCCAAACAAAUGCGCCCUCCUUCGUCGCCUUCGGCUAGAGGUCCAGCCCAUCCAAUCUUGCCAUCAUCGACUUCAUCGGCCAUGUGA